CACAGUUUGAUUACUCAAUACUUUUUAGUGAUUACAAGUGUGGUUAUUAUUUAAGAAGCCAAUAAACGAGUUAGUCUAAUUGGCAAGUUUCUAUAAAACUGUUUAUUUAAAUUAUUCAAUUUAUUUUUAUUUUUAUAAAGUACUAAUCUUGUUAAAUAGUGUUCGUGGAGUGCAAUUCAUUCCUGUACGUUUGGGUUAUUAAAAGUAUAAGAUGGAAAUGAAAAUUAUUGACGAAAUACUUGAGGAUAAACAACAAAUUAUAACAUAUAAAAUGUUGGCAAAAAUGUUGAAGAUUCAUCCAAAUAAAUCAAAGGAGUUACUUAAAAACUAUGUUCAUAAAAAAUCAACCAACAAAAUCUAUUCAGUAACUAUUAUCAUUGGUGGUUUAUUGAAAGAAAACAAUAAUUUCAAUGUCCUACUUGUACAUGCUGAUCAUGUUGAAACUAUGCGACGUCAAUUUAAAAAUAUUUCAUUUGAACACAUUUAUAGUGUUCAACCAAUUGGUCGACUAAAGGACAUGAGUAAUGAUUUAUUCUUGGUUGAAAAACCAGAAAAUAGUAUUUUGAACAUCUCAUCAAGUAUAAGGAAGAAUUUAAAUUCUAAAAUAAUUCACAACACUUUAGUGGUAGAAUCUUUUUUACAAGUAGACUCUUGUCGAGAUAAAAUGAGUCAAUUAAAAGAAAAUGAAGAAAAAAAAGAUAUACCUGUUGAAAAUAAAUCCAACAUUUUAACGAAUAAAAAAGGCAUAAAUGAUUUCUUUAAUACAACCCAAGUAAGAAAGUCUAAAUGUGAGAGCAUAAUAAGUAAUAGUAAAGUUGAAACGAAUAAAAGAAGUCCAACAGAUUUUUUCACAAAGUUUAAAAAUCCCAAUGUUAAGAAUGAUAAUAAAAUAUGCAAAGAAGAACCGGAGAAAAAAGAAAAUUUAGAACUAAAUAUUGAAUUAAUUUCUACAGAUAUUGAUGAUAAAGAAGAACAAAAAAUCCCAUCAAAAAAAAAUGUAAAGAAAAACUCUUGCCUAAAAAAAAAAAAUGAUAAAAAAGAAAGAAAACGUAUUCAAACAUUUGACAGUUCUGAUGAAGAUGAAAAAGAUAGUGAAGAAGAAGAUAAUAAAAGAUCUCAGCUUAUUACCAAUGAUGAAGAUUUUAUUCAACCUACACCACCUCGUCCAACACCAAGAGAAAAUAGAAAAAAAGAGAAGAAAGUUACUACAACCACUAUAAUAGAUGAUGAUGGUUUUGUUUGUACUAGCAAGGAAGUGCAAUUCGUUGAAACAGAAAUUAAAGAAUCAAAUUUUGAAUUAUCUGAGUGUACAGACACUGAUACUGGAGAAUAUGAGAAUAAAGCAAAAAAAUUUAAGCCUGACAAACCAGAAGUGAAAAUUCAAUUGGAUAAGAAGAAAAAUCAAUCAAAGUCUAUAACUAAAAAUACAACUCUAGUACAAGACAAAAAACAGUCUUCGUUGACUAAUUUUUUUACCAAAAAGUGA